UGAUUCUUCUUAUUUUCUCUAUUGUUUGUGUGUUAUCUGUAGGAGAUUUCAAUCUUUGCAAAAGAUGGAGUCAUGCAUGAAGCACAAGAGAAUUGUUGUUGAAGAUGAAAAAGAAAAAGAGAUGACUAUAGAUGUGAAGGUCACUAAAACAGUCACUAUAACAGUUAAGGAAUCAGAUAGUAUCGGACACGUGAAAUCUUUAAUACAUGAUCACGAGGGCAUACCGGAAUGUCUUCAACAACUAUUUUCAAAAGAUGUUCGCCUAACAGAUGAUGAACAGACUCUAAUGGAUUGUGGCAUUAUCGAAAACUCCACCCUUCAUGCUUAUAUCGACAAUUCAAUCCCUAAGGUAUUUUUGGUGAAGAGACCCCAUGCUAAUGUUACAAUUACGGUUUAUUCAAGGACAUUCGAUACUAUCCAGGAUGUCAAAUGUAGGAUUGGGGUCAAAGAAGGAGUAAACUCAAAGCAAUUUUCUCUUAUUCAUGACGGAAAGUUUCUUGAAGAUGACAAAACCUUAGCUUUUUACAAAAUCAAUGGUGGAUCAACACUUCAUAUGGUUUCCAUUCCGAGAGACAAGUUGCUUAUUUCCGUGGUAAUGCCAACAGAGGAAAUUGUUAAAAUAGAAGUCAAGGUUACCUUAACUGUUCGCGACAUUAAGACAAUUAUAGAAAGCAGAGUUGGCUACUCGAUAAGUUCUAUGGAUUUGAUUCUUGGGAAACAGCAAUUGGAAGAUUCGAAGAUAUUAUAUCAGUGUGAUAUCAACGAAGAGUCUGUCUUAAAGGUGAAGAGUAGAACAAUACAGAUCUUAAUCAAGACGAGUAGUGGAAGUAUUACACUAGACGUUCACAGACACGAGUUGGUCAAGAAUGUGAAGGACAUGCUUCUACAGAAGCUAAACAUACCAAUUCAUCUGCAAAAACUUGUGUUUGAGGGAAAAAGUCUUGCUGAUUCCCGGGAUUUAGCAAGCUACAAUAUCAGAAUGCACUCGAAUAUCAUUUUUGAUUGUCGUAGUCCUGUUUCUACGACAAUUAUCUGA